GGAGGAGCGGACGAGUUGCGGCUGUGCUUGGGAGCUCCUGAGGAGCUAUCGUGGAUUCGGCCGCCAGGCCCCCCCCAGUGCGCCAUGGUCCCCAAAGACAGCAGCUGAGCCGAGGCCGGACUGCGCUGGACCCGGAGCCCUCCGGCCGAGGCGGCCAUUUCGCCCCCUCCCGCUGCUGACCCUCUCGGGCCUCAGUUUCUCCCCUUUGUCAACAUGCGGGUGGCGGUGCAAUGCCUUUGCCUUCUGGUUCGGGGAUCCUCAGGGCAGCCGGUCCCCCUGUGAGGCGGCCUGCCCCACCCCACCCCGCCCCGCGGCAGCCAUCUCUAGGGCCUACCACUCUCUUUCCCUCCCUCCUUCCCGUCAUGGCUGACGACUGGCUGGACUGCCCCACGCUGGGCCCAGGCUGGAAGCGCCGGGAAGCCUCCCGGAAAUCGGGGGCCACCUGCGGCCGCACGGACACCUAUUACCAGAGCCCCACUGGAGAGCGAAUCCGAAGUAAGGCGGAGCUGACCCGCUUCUUGGGCCCCGAUUGUGACCUCAGCUGUUUUGAUUUCAAACGUGGGGUUCUACAGUAUUUGCCCACCAAGGCGUCUUCUCAGAAGAAAAAGAGACCCGCCCGGCUGGAGAAUCGCCCUCGGGAGCCCCCGGGCGCCCCCGCUGCCAAGGUGUCCAAGGCAUCGCCCAAAUGGUGUGAAAAGUGUGGAGCCCGAAUGUCAGGGGACAGUGCCCGUCGGCAGCGCCUCCGGUUUCUGUGUAAAGGCUGCCGAGCCCAGAGAAACGCCUUCAACCGGGAACAGAGGAUGUUCAAGAGAGUGGGCUGCGGUGACUGCAGGGCCUGCCGGCUGACUGAAGACUGUGGUGCCUGCCCUGCCUGUGUUGGGCAGCUGUCCCAGCCUGGUGGCCCUCAGCUUCCUCGAAGCCAGUGUGUCCAGCGCCGCUGCCUCAAGAUUGUUAAUAAGACCUUUGGCUGUGGUCUCUGUUCCGGCUGUCAAACCAAGGAAGACUGCGGGACCUGCCGAAUUUGUGAGCGCAGAGGGAGGCCAGGCCUCAAAAGGCGAUGGAAAUGUCUCCAGCGGCGCUGCCUCAGGAAUCAGAUAAAGAAGAAACCCAGAGGGUUAGCUGCCAGGAAGCACCCAGGCAGGCGUCGCCGAGGCCCGGCGCUACCACUGCUGCCCCCAUCCCAUCCCCCAGCUGAAGCCGGUGGCCCUUCAGGCCUUUCAGGAGAUGCUCAGCACUACUCCAGCCGACGGCAGAACCGCCAUUGUGGGGCAUGUGUCGCGUGCCUACGCCGUGUGGACUGUGGCCAAUGUGACUUUUGCCAAGACAAGCCCAAAUUUGGGGGCUGUAACCAAAAGCGUCAGAAGUGCCGGUGGAGGCAAUGCCUUCAGUUUGCCAUGAAACGACUGCUGCCUUCAGCCAGGUGGGACAGCCCUGCUGUAGAGGGGGCAGCUGCGCCUCUGUGCUGGCCACGCCGUAGGAAGGGUGCCUUGCUUAACCGGGCCUGCCAGCCAGGUUGGCCCAAAUCUGGGGGCCUCUGUGGCCAGAGGCUGGUUUCUGAGGCACUCGGCAGUGGCCUCGAGGAUAAUGAGCGUCCAGGCCUUGGGGCCCCAGUGAAGCAAGAGGUGGAGGGUUAUGAGGCUCAGACCUCUGGAGCUGCUGCUUCCCCAUCACCUGGAGGCUCCUCUCCUGGCUUCUCCAGCAAGGGAGCUAAUCCAGUCCAGCUCCAGCAUUCUGUGAAACAAGAAGGGGAAGCCGAGGCAGCUGCCGGCACUCCAGUGAUCAUGGAGAUUUACAGUUUGAGUGGAGCUAUCCCGACGGCGGCGGCAGGGCCCUGUGGAGAACUGGAUGGCGUCCUGCAGGAGUUUCUGAUGGAGCUGAACGAGCUGCCCCUGCCUGCCCACUGGGAGGUCCUGCCGCCCACGGGGCCAGAAUUGUGUAUCACCCAGCGGUCCCCCUUGUCUACAGUGGCAGCUGCGGUCAUCCAUAUUCAGGCUGGCCUAUACUUUCACGUGGUGGUGCAGGAUGUCCCUGUGCCGCCCGCACAUGAGCUCUAUUCGGCCCACCCAUUGCGCCUCACCACGGUGGAUGAGGUCGUUGAGCUUAUCUGUGACCUGGAGGCCUACUGCCUGUGCCCUGGCUGGCCUGAUGGCUCACGGUCCCCGGACUGUGAUGUCCUUGUGUAUGAGGGCUUUUGCCAGGCCUGCAGCCUUGGGGAACAGCAGUAGCUGGGAUCCCCAUGUACUGAGCUGGUCCUUCCCCUAGCUCUCUACUUUGCUGCAUAGAAGUCGAUCUACACUGGAAAGGCCUCUCCUGCCUCCCCCCCCCCCCCAUUAUGUACUGUUCUGAGCAUCCCCACUUGCCUGGUCUGCCCCUCCUUCCUAUUGUCACCCCCAGCCACCCACUUUAGAGCUCCAGGACAUCUCCAUAGGGAAGGAUGAGAAGCAUAUGGAAGCUUGCCUUCAAGUUUAGGAAAUGGUGACACUGAAUAUCUGGGGAGGGGGACCUGCAGGGCCAGAAGCAAAAGCAUUGUAGUAGGCUUUCUUUGUUGCUUUUCCUGUUAUUUUUCUAAAUAAACUGGUCAUGAUGCUCUGA